AUGCUUUCCGAAAGUGAUGAUGAUGUUUGGGCUUCAGAUGAAGAAAUAUCUGAAUAUGAUAGAAUAAUGUCUUUAAAAGAAUGGGAACGCAUGAAUGAAAAUUUUGGAAAUGUUGGAUAUAAAGAGGGAAUUUUAGAAGGAAAGGAUGUAACAAUUCAAGAUGGAUUUAAUGACGGAUACGUUGAGGGAGUAAAUUUAGGCAUGGAAUUUGGUAGAUUAAGAGGGUUGUUAAAUACCUUAUUGGAGUUUUACACACCUAUGAUGAAUGAAGAAGAUAAUGAUGAACUCAAAAUCCAAAACUUACCAAAUCGUUCGACUUUCGAAAGAUUAAAAUUGUUAGAAAAUGAUCUUUAUAAUUUGACAGCUGAAAAAGUUUUUACGAAAGAUUAUCUUCAAACUAUUUUAACUUCUCAAAAUGAUAAAUGUAGUUGCCUGUCAGAAACAACAAACACCGUAAACGAUAAUUGCUGUAGUAGGAAUAUUUCAUGUGAAAGUAAGGAGAUCUAUAAUCUUGGAAAUAACAUUAAAUCAAAUGAGAACUUCACCGAAAAGUUGCUGAUUGAUUAUAGAGAGAAGGUUGAUAAGUUAUUAGAAGAACUUGGAUUUGAUAAAAAUUCCGUUUAA